AUGCCCGCUGUCAAGUGCCCUGCAUUAGCAUUUGAUAAAAAAGUAUCCCGUCACGCCACGCCGCUGAUGCCAUCCGAGCAGCCAGCACCCGUUCCCUCACCGCCAUGUCCCGUACCCGUGAGCACGUACACACGGCGCGGUACACUACUAGUCGCGAAUACGGUUGCCCUUGUCCGGACAAAAAGGGGGGGCAUGCCUCACCAAAGUGUGCCGCAAACCCCACAUCCAAGCUCUGGGGCGCAGCACUUUCUAAACCUUCUCUAG